AUGGUGAAGGAUGGUAUAAAGCAAGAAGCCAUCUUCAUUGGUGCUAAUAGACAAUCUUUUGUUGUGGACUAUAACAAAUCAGAAAAUUUGGUAGCAUAUGGUGCAGGAAAUACCAUUGCAUUAUGGAAUCCAUUGGCUGAAAAUCAUAUUGGAGUUGAAUCAACUUUGAAAAAACAUACUAAGGAAGUUACUGGAGUUAGAUUCAUACCUAAUUCUCCUUAUAUUGUAUCUUCUGGUGAAGAUAACGAAGUGAAUGUAUGGAAAAAAUCUGAAAAUUCUUAUAAAUUACAUGAAUCAUUAUCAGGUCAUGAACAUUCAAUUACAUGUUUAUCAGUGAUUAAUGAGAAGAUAUUCGUAACUGGAGGAGCUGAUGGGAAUAUCAUACUCUGGGUAUAUAACUCAGAAGAACAAUCAUUCAAAUUAAGUCACAAAUUCCAAGUCAAGUUCAACUUCUUUCCAUUGACCUUAGCAUUGCAAGAUAUAGAUACCAACGGUAAUUAUAUAUUAGCAGUUGGUGGAACCACCUCCAACUUAUACAUCUAUUCAUUUACCUUACUUCAAAAUGGUACUAUAGAUCAUUUCAAUCAAUCUGCUUUAUUGACAGGUCAUGAAGACUGGAUUAAAUGUUUACAAUUCGUUGCUGAUAUUGAACAUAAGAGUUAUAUAUUAGCCAGUGGAUCUCAAGAUAGAUAUAUCAGAUUAUGGAGAUUGAAAUUAAAUGAAUUGAUCGAUGAUUCUGAUGAAGAUGAAAUGAAAUUGAUCCUUUUAUCUAAUAAACAGUACAAAUUCAAUAUUGGAGAACAUGAUAGAGGAGCCAUCAGUUUUGAAGCUUUAUUAGUCGGCCAUGAUGAUUGGGUCACAGGUUUACAAUGGCAUCCAUCUUAUAAAACUGAUGGUGUCACUGGUGAGAAGCGUUUACAAUUAUUAUCAUCAAGUGCUGAUACAGCAUUAAUGGUAUGGGAAAUGGAUGUGGAAUCCGGUAUUUGGGUAUGUGUUAAUAGAUUAGGUGAAUUAUCUAUCAAAGGAGCAUCUACAGCUACUGGUGCUUCUGGUGGAUUUUGGUCAUGUUUAUGGUUUGUGGAUGAUAAAACUGGAAGUCAAUAUAUUUUAUCCAAUGGUAAGACUGGUUCUAUAAGGGUUUAUAGAUCAACUGAUUCAGAAGCUAAAACUUUUGAAUCAACCUUGGGUGUGACUGGUGCAGUUAAAGAAGUUACAGGUUUAACAUGGUCUUUAAAUGGGGAGUAUUUCACAAGUGUAUCUCUUGAUCAAACUGCUAGAUUAUUUGCUCCAUGGACAGCUAAUAGAGAGUUUAAAUCAUGGCAUGAGUUUGCAAGACCUCAAAUUCAUGGUUAUGAUAUGAUUUGUAUUGAUAAUGUAACCAAUACUAAAUUUGUCUCUGGUGGUGAUGAAAAAAUAUUAAGAGUGUUUGAAAUCACAAAUUCGAUUUAUAAAUUAUUAAAGAAUUUAUGUAAUAUAGAUGUUGUUCCUCAAGAUCAAGUUGAAAGUUUACCAGAAGCUGCAUCCUUACCGGUUUUAGGAUUGUCUAAUAAGGCAGAUAAUGAACAACAAGAAGUAGGUCAAGCAGCUCAAGAACAACAAGAUGCUGACGAAGAUAAAGAAGCUACUCCAGUUGAAAAGGAAGACAUUCUUGCUUCUCUAACUGGUCCUCCAUUAGAAGAUUAUUUACAAAGAUAUACCCUUUUCCCCGAAUUAGAAAAGUUAUAUGGUCAUGGGUAUGAAAUCACUUGUUGUGCUACUUCACCAAAUGGAUUAUUAAUUGCAUCUGCUUGUAGAUCUAAUUCAUCUAAACAUGCAGUUAUAAGAAUCUUCAACGUAGGUAAAGAUUUCCAACAAUCACCUCAAGUAUUGGAAGGUCAUAAUUUGACUAUUACAAGUUUGGAAUUCUCUCCUGAUGGACAAUAUUUAUUAGCUGUUUCAAGAGAUAGACAAUUCAGUUUAUGGAGAGUUUCGAAUGAAGCAGAGGGUCAAUUUGAAUUGGUAGAACUUAACACCAAAGCGCUGUCAAGAAUCCUUUGGGAUUGUUCUUGGUUACCAAUUAAUCAAUUUGGUUCAUUCUUCUUAACUGCAUCUCGUGAUAAGACUGUUAAAUUAUGGCAAGUUAACGAUACUAAAGUUGAAUCAAUUUCUGUGGCAAAAGUAGAUGAACCAGUGAUAUCAGUUUCAUGUUACAGAGCAAAUUUAAUCGACAAUUUUGCUGUUAUUUCCUUUGGAUUGGAAAAUGGUAAUAUCUCAGUGUAUAAAAUAGACUUAAGUACAACUGAAAAGGAUUUCCAAUUGGUGGCUAAGUUCGAUACCACCAUCACUCCUGAUGAAAGAAUCUCCAAAUUAAGUUUCAGUAGCAAGUUACAUGAAAAAGAUUCCCAAUUUUUACUUGCAGUAGCUAGUAAAGAUACUUCAACCCGUUUAUAUAGUAUUGCCAAAGACUCUGUAAUAUAA